AUGAUUUUUAAUAGUUUUAAGAAUAUUAUAAAAAAUGGAAAUAUUAUAAUUAGGAAGAAGCCCAUUUUUGAAUAUAAUGUGAGAUAUAUGAAAAACAAAAGGAGAGGGCUAAAGGAACAACCAAGAAAAAAACCAUUAGAUAUAGAAAAAAAAAUUAAGAAUCCUGAUAAAUAUGAAGAGAAAAUGCACUUUGAUAACUUAUGUAAAGGAGAAUUAUAUUUACCUGAAUCAUGUAAAGCAAAAAAAUUAGCUAUGCUAUGUAAUCGCUUGUUUUAUUUUAAUAUAAAUGAUGAAGACUUAUUAGAUAGAUAUGCUCAGAGAGCUAUUGUUAUAGCUAAUAGUAUGAGUACUAAAGAAAUUUCCUUAAUAUUAAAUACAAUGAGAAAAUUUAAUCAUAAAAAUGAAAAAUUAUUAGAAACAUUUGCUAAAUAUAUACCGAGUAAAUUACAUAAAGGAGUUCCACAAGACAUCUCCUUAAUAUUAAACGCAUAUUCUCAUUUCAAUUAUAUUGACAAAAAUUUAUUUAAUAGAAUAUGUGAAGAAAUACCUCAUAAAAUCCCACAUUUUCAACAUAAUCAUAUAUCAAGUGUUAUUAAUGCUUUUUACAAAUUAAAAAUAAAAGAUAAAAUUAUAAUAGAUGAUAUGGCCGAUGAAAUAGUUGAACGAAUUAAUGAGUUUGAUACAAAAUCUUUAACAAACAUUAUUAAUUCUUUCUCGAAAUUAAACUAUAGAAAUGAAAAUAAAAAAGUUAUAUGGGAAAAAUUUAUUGAAGCAGUAAAAAAUUUAAAUAAACAAUUCAACCUUUUAGAAGUUAUAUUAAUUACUAAUGCUUUUUGUAAAAAAAGAAUGAAAAAUAAAAAUAUUUAUAAUUUUUUAAAUGAAAUUUUAAAUUAUCACAUUUUUGAAAAAAAAUCAUUAAAUUCUAAUAAUGCUUUUCUACUUUGUACAGCUGCUCAUUCUUUCGCUUACAUUAAAUUUUAUUCUAAAAAGUUAUUUGAUUUUAUUAUUUCAUACUUUUCAGAUGAAAAUAAUUAUAUAUCAUUAGAUUCUCAACAUUUUUCUCAAUUGAUUUAUUCAUUUUCCGUGUUUAAUAUUAACAAUCCCAUAUUUGUUGAUGUUUUUAUUAAAAUGUCAUGUAAAAGAAUAGAGAAUAAAGAAUUGAAUGAACAAACACUGUCUACCAUUGCAUAUUCAUUUGCUAAAUUAAAAAUAAGAAAUACAAAAUUUUUUGUUUUAUUAUCUUCUUAUAUUAUUAAAGAAAAAAUAAACUUAUCGGCUCAAAGCUUAAGUUUAAUUUGUUAUAGUUACUCUAAAUUACGAAUAAAGUCAGAAAUCCUAUUUUAUUUUUUAUCUAUUCAAAUAUUUCAAAGUAUGAAUAUGCUAACUAAGCAAGGUCUAUCUAUUAUCUUAAGUUCUUAUUCUAAUUUAAAAAUUUUUAAUGUAAAAUUGUUUACCUUGAUAAAUAAAUAUUUAAAUCUUUAUUCUGACAAUUUUACAAGUGAGGAAUGUUUAUUGAUUUGUAAAAACUAUGAAAAUAUAUUAAAAAAUAUGAACAAUGAAAUGGAAAAUAAAAGUAAUGACAAAAAUUUACUUAUGAGAAUGUCUAAUACAAAAAAAGAAUUAAGUAAUUUUGUUCAAAUUUUAAAAGAGAAAAUAAAGUUUUUUGAAAAUAAAAUUGAUUCAAAAUCUAAUAUUUCUUUAAAGGAUAAUGAAAAAGAACAAAAAGAAGAAGAAUAUGAUGAAGAUAAUGAGGAGAGUUUUUUUUCUAUUUUUAAUCAAAAUGAUAUUUUGAAUGAUGAUCCAAAAGAAGAAAACGAAGAAUUGAACCAUUUUAUAAAUUCUGAUAAAUUACUGGAAACAUUUGAUGAUACCCACGAUGUCAAGAAAAAAGAAGAUACUUUAAAAAUAUAUGAAAAAAUGUUUUUAAAUAAUGCAGAAAGCACUAAUAGUAAUAGAAUUUCUCUAAUGAAUGAGGAGUUAAGUAAAAAGCUUCACUCUAUUUUAGAUAAUCAGAACAAACAGAUAGAAGAAAAUAAAAUGUCUGAGAAUAAAAGUGCAAAAAGUUUAAUAGAGUUGAUGACUGCAAAUAAACCACCAAAAAUAAAUUAUGAUAAAGAAAAUUUAAUAAAAUCAGCUGAACAAGUAGAAACAGAAUUCAUAAAAGCAUACAUAAAUGAAAAAGAUGAAUCUAAUGGUAGCAGUAAAAUUGGAAGAAAUUCAAAAAAAAGAAAAAAAAAAGUUAAUAAAAUUUUGUCUAAAAAAUAUGAGCCUGUGGAUGAUCUUUCUACUUUGCAAAAAAAAUGGAAUAAUUUUUAUGAAAAAUGA